CACCCCAAUCCCUAGUGGAUGUCGUAUCCGCGGUUACGUUCCUUGCCGUCCGUGCCGACUGCUGCUGUAGAAAUACCCUAUAUUCGAUAUAUUUAGGAGAGACGAUGCAAAGACAUUGCCCUCCUCAGGAUUGAGAGAUCCUCACUACCCUACUACUACUACUAUCACAACAACAAGGCAGCAACGUCUGAUGAAAACAACCCAUUUCUUUAAUCCGUUAUCGGAAGUGAUAGUUACGACCAACACAUACUACAAUAACAGCUGUCGUGUCAAGCUUAAUUAAGAAAUUUGGACAGCAUCAUCGUUCCUUUAGCGAAUUACGAUUACCUAGUGUAGACCGCUGGCCUCUCCUUCCAUACUAAUCGUCAGUUCCUGGCUUCAAGGAUAUGGAAACACCUGAAGAUUCUGCUUUUGUAAAGGUCAUGUACUAUUGUGAAUGGAUGUCCAUUGUAAAGCAAAGCUGCGGUUAACCAAUAGUACCAGGUAAAUUAGCAGCAGUGGAUUAUUGUACCAUGACUUUCUUUCUUCCAAUAAGAUUCCAGUUCAUGAUAUUUGUUUUGCAUUAGCCAUGACAUGACUACAGUACUCCUUUAAAAUGCAGUUAUUGCUCUGCACUCGUAAAACAUGCAUCUUAGUAAUUUCUUGUUGAGCAGUAUUGUUUACUGAAUGCAACAAGCUCUUCUGUAAAGAUAAUGAGCGAGGUAGUUAUGGUGGCCAUUCCUAUUAUCCAUUACAGCCUCAUUGAUCAGAUGUAGCCCGAGAAAUGAUGUGUGUAUUAAUUUUGAGCUAAGUUGAUCCUGUUCAGUUAGUGAGAAUGAUUAUCAAAGAAAUUACAGUGUGCUCUGAAUUUAUUGUAUGUAGGAAAAUAUUAUGUAUGAAGUUAGCUCUCUUUUGUAAACAAACUGUUAAAGUAGCUCUUACUUCACCCAUCUUUUGUAGAAAGUAAAUCUCUUAUGGAAGAAAAUUAUUAAUACAUAUAGCACUUCUUACUUCUUUAGAGAUGGGCAGUUGGGAGCAAUUGCAUUUGUUAUGUGUUAGCUAUCUUUUCUUCUAAAAUAUAAUAUCCUACUGGUUAACUCUCAUCUUGUAGAUAUGAAGUUCUUGGGUAAAUUCCAUUUUGUAGAGUAUUGAAAGACUGUAAAAUCAGCUGAAAUGAAUAAAGAACUUUCUGUAGAAUUUCCUUCAAAAGGUGAAAUUGAAGGUUCAUCAUCAACCUCUCCUGUUAGUCAUGAAAAUGAAAACUUGGGGGGCAUUAACACAGCCAGUAAUGAUAGCUCUCUGUCUUGGGAUCCAUCAGUAGAAAUCAAGACUGAACCAGAAUUGUACGAGUCCAAUGAAGAUGAUGUGAAGUAUUCAUACGCAAUUGAUCCAUCAGUAAAUGAAGAUCCCUUAGCUUGCAGAAAGGAAAUUAAGACAGAAGGAGGUGUCUUUAUAUGGACAGGUAUUCAAGAUGAAUGUAGCAUACCUGUUUGUCAGGAAGGCAGUGUUAAAUCGCAUGAGAAAAUUCAAUCUGCGGAAAAGCCUUUCAAGUGCAGCGAAUGCUGGAAAUCGUUUUCUCGGAAGAGUAUCCUCACUGAUCAUAUAAGGACUCAUACAGGAGAAAGGCCAUUCAAGUGCACAGAAUGUGGUAAAGCAUUUUCUCAGAAAAGUUACCUUAAAAUCCAUAUGAACAGUCAUACUGGCAUGAGGCCGUUCAGAUGCAGCGAAUGUGGGAAAACAUUUUCAAAGAAAAGUAUUCUUACAAAUCAUAUGCGAAUUCACACCGGGGAAAAGCCAUUCGGAUGCACUGAAUGUGAGAAGUCGUUUUCUCUGAAAAGUAUUCUUACAGAUCAUUUGAGAGUUCACACCGGAGAGAAGCCGUUCAGGUGCUGUGAAUGUGACAAAGCAUUUUCUCAGAAAAGUGACCUCAGGACCCACAUGAUCAGUCACACUGGAGAGAGGCCGUUCUUAUGCACAGACUGUGGGAAAGCAUUCUCUCGUAAAAAAGAUUUGACAAGGCAUGUGAGGAUUCACACAGGAGAGAAGCCAUUCGCCUGUAGUGAGUGUGAAAAGGCAUUUUCUCAAAAGAGUAAUCUAACAGAUCACAUGAGGACCCAUACGGGAGAGAAACCAUUCAUAUGUACUGAAUGUGGGGACGCUUUUUAUAAGAAGGGUCACCUCAUAAGUCACAUGAAUAGCCAUGACGUAGAGAAGGCAUUUCAGUGUAUGCAUUGUGGGAAAGCAUAUUAUCAGAAGAAUGAUCUUAAAAAACAUAUUAGAAUUCACACUGAUGAAAAGCCGUUCAGCUGUAGUGAAUGUGGGAAAGCAUUCUCUUUGAAAAGAUAUCUGAGGAGUCAUAUGGUUAGUCAUACUGGAGAGAAACCAUUUAAAUGCAACGAAUGUACAAAGGCAUUUUCUCAGAAGAUUCAUCUCACUGAUCAUAUGAGGAUUCAUACAGGAGAGAAGCCAUUUAGUUGCUUGAAAUGUGGGAAAGCCUUUUCUCAGAAAAGUAAUCUCAGAAGUCACAUGAGUAGUCACAGUGAAGAGAAGUCAUAGGGAAUCCAGAAAAGUAUAGUUUCAUAAAAAAUAGUCUUAAGUUGAUCUGGUCUUACAGAGGAAAAAGUCCCUUUUCUGUAUUUCGUGGAAGAAUUCACAGUAGUUUCAAACUCAUGUUAGUCAAAAGGGAUAAAAGUAAUUUAUUUCCUGCUAACAUGACAGAA